GCAGCAUUAAUGGGAUGCGUCCGCCCAUGUCGCUGGCCCAGCUGUGUGAUCUGACGCCCAAGGAAGCGCCCUCAUCGUAAGGCUUCAUUGCCCAGUGGGAAAGCCUAAUCAAGAAAAAUGCCGAGCCAGGACGGUUUUACUGGCGGCCAUAUCACUUGUAAAAAAGUGUGACCGGUUUGGCUUUUAGCUGCUUGCCUGCCACCAUGUGCUGCAGCGACGAUCACUGAUGACAACCAUGUUCAGCUUUGACUAUCGCCUGCUGGCAUGGAACCACGUGCAGCUUUGACAUCGGACGUCUUAGGUUAUGGUGAAUGCACUCAGGAGCAGCUACAGGAUCAGGAUAAGCUGGAUCAUGUCCAGGUCUCGGCCUCCUCGCAGAGCAACAACAACAUCCAGGGCAAGCAGCAACAGAAGCAGCCACCCGUCAGAAGCAGCGUUAUAUUGGACAUUGGACUUCUACAUGACACAGGAGCCGCCGCAGCAGAAGCUGCCAUCACCAGGACCAUUUUCAUGCCGCAGCUGAGCGGCCUGCCCUACCAAGGGCGUGACACCCAAUAUUCCCCUGCCGGACUCUGGGGGCAGGCCGUUGCGUCGAAGCUAUGUGCCCGUUGAGCAUAAGAUCCAGCAGGAACUGCAGGGCCUCAAGUCGCGCGAGACUGACCAAAAGCGCCUGCGCAAGAAUAACAGGCACAACGCACUGAAUGCUUCGCUGGACAAGCUCCAGCUCAGCAGAGACGACGAGGCCAAUGCGGACGAUGAGGACUCUGAGGUGGAGUACUGCUA